GUAUCAUUUCUGAUGUGCGACGUUGAUUGACAGCUAGGGUAGUGUUACGAAAUCCGGUCGGCGCGGGAUAAGCUUUCAUUCACUUCGAGCGACGGGAUGCCAACUGUACUUGGAGGCGUAUUGUACCAGUCGACACCAGCCUUCAACAUGAAUCAAGUAGACUGGCCAUGGAAAUAACUGAAACGAUAUAUGAAGACAUGACUAUAAGAAGCGGACAAACGGUCGGUAAAACGCAAAGAAAUAUGAAGGAGCUGGACUCCAUAAGCGCCGUGUACCAAGAAUAUGAAGAAAUACAAAGCAUUAACGAAGCAGAAGAAGACAUCUAUGAAGUCAUCCCUGCUGAUUUUGCCCCUGUUUCAUGGUCUCAAAAGACAAGUCGCUCGUCCAGUAUUAGUUCCCAGAGCAGUACAAGGAGUAGAAAUUGUUCCGUAACCACGAUAGGAAUCCAGACAGAUAGCGAGAGUCUUUCUGACUCACCCGAAACGACUGCGCCCGAUYCGGCACAAGAUGAUGAAAAUACCGCGCAUUACGCAGAAAUUCUUCACGCAAARGAUUGUGAYGUUACGGAGAUUGUUCAGUCGAGACCAACAAGAGAAUCGGACAAUCCAAUACUAAGACAAGACUUUUCACAACUCGCSGACAAUAAAUUAGCAUCUGAACUUCAAAACAUACGUAACUCAUUCAACGUUGGACAUUCAAAACUAAAACAACUGGAUCCGCAAGGGAUUCACGCUAAAGAAUUACCGGCUCAUCUUCUUCUCAAGCGUUCAUUYAGUGCUGGCGAGAAUAGGAAUGGAUUUGUACGCAAAUUUGUUGAUGUUUUGUACGAAAACUCACCGAACCUUUCACCGUGCGAUUCGCCGGUAACAAAACAUCAAAAUAAAACAACUCCACUCUAUGAAAAUAUUACUUUUCCUUUGGUUGAAAGCGACCGUGUUUCACGUUGUAGUAUAAGUAGUAACAGCACUGAGGGAAAAAGUUUAUCUUCUGAAGAAGAAAACACAGUAAACGUGGAAUCAUUAUAUGAAAACGUUGAGGAAUAUACUGAGGAGACUCGCGCGCGCACCAGAAGCCAUCCCAUAGACAUAGUUUACAGCGAUCUUGAAUUUCAAGUGGAAAGAAAACUAGAAUCUCCUCGUUCAUCAAUAGACAGUCAAGACAAUGAUUUACAYUCUAAUAGAAAAACCAAAUCAUUAUCAGCCGUACAGGCAAGACCUCCCUCUCCCAGGGGGGGUUUGGGUCUUGCGAGGCCUAAAAGUCUUAACCUUAGGAAUAGAUCUACCAGUGAGGCACUUGGWCUAUGRCGUGCGCGAUUUGUGAAAAAAGUUACAGUGCAUCGUUCUAAUGAUAAAACACUACAGGCSACUAUUAGUGAAGUACUUUCUAAAAGCAACGACGUGGAAGAAGAACCAUUUGUGAACGUCGAGGUCAAUUCUGACCUUGUUCGAAUCAGCACGGAUUACCCCCCCUGGGAAGUCAUCGCCAGUUGRGAUAUUGAAGCAGUUGGACAUGUGAACUUGUACGAAGGGGACGACAACGUUCUCGGGAUUAUUGUCAGCCCUCUUGGUGAUAAUUCAACUUGUUAUAUAGUCCGAUCACAGCAUGCUGCYCAUAUCCURGCGACCAUCAAAACCGCUUUUAGAGCCCCAAACAUGAUGCAUUUAAAUCUCCGUCCCAGUCCAGAGAGUGCGUCCUUUSUUGGGCUGRRUGUGGACGAGAGUUAUACAUCCAUCCCUCACCUCACCUACUUGGGCUGUGUCAAGGUCAAGAAAUCUUACCUCGUGAUUAAUGACAGCAUACUAGCCCUUCUUGACCAAUCAGAACCUCGGGAAUUCAAGCCCAUUACCCUCAAAAUCCGACCGGAAGAGAUCUUCAUAGUCGAUGAAAGCAACCUCAACACUAUGCACCGCCAUUCGAUUUCAUGGGUACUCUCCCUAGGGGUUUUUAGUGAUGACCCUCGACUAUUUGGGUAUAUUGUGACAGAAGCAAGACAGGGAGAAAAGACCCGYAUGUAUUGUCACGCAUUCCGCUGUGGGCGUGUCACGGCAUCCGUGACGGCGACCGAGACGAUACGUCUCGCUUGUCAGGCGACAUUUUCUCCAGGAAGAAAGAAUUCUGUGAAGCCUAGAAGGGAUUCGCAAAGAUCUGUGCGAAGCUCUUGCAGUUCAGAAGCUUCGUCUUCGCUUGAGAGACACUGUUCAGUGAAUGACGUCUUGGAUGAAAGCUCAGAUCAAAGUUCCUCUAAAGAACGAAAAACUUCACUAGACAGCAGCUCAAAAACYAAGGUAUCUUCACCAGGUCGUCUGCUACGAAAGCUUACUCCGAAGAAAAACAGCUUUAACUUAAAAGCCUCAUUCCGAAGCUACACUAGCGAGCCGAACCUAACUUCGUUAAAUCUGAGCUCAACCGAAGAACGUCCGAAGACCGAAUUAUCUUCGCCUAGUGACUGUCCAGAAAUCAURGAAGAGAAAGAAUACACUUUCAGAACUGCUUAUUUAUGUUCAACUGUUAUCAAUCCACCUUUGCGCCCGAAACACGUCCGUGAUUCGGUAAAACAAUUCUUAAAAGAACGCAAGAAGAUGGAAAAACAGACAAAAAYUCCGCCGAAGAUGAAAGAGGUUGACCUUUGUCUAACAAGUGACGGRGUAACGAUGUUAGAUCCACAAUAUCCWGACGUUGGCCAGCGGUUUUUCCCAUUUCCUUGUAUAAGCAACAUCAGAACUCAUAAAGAUUACCCAGAAUUCUUUGCGUUCUCCACGGUUGUCACGGGAGACGCUAAACACAAAUGCCACAUAUUUAAGGAGYUAAAAGAACCCUGUGACGAAAUAACGGCUGCCUUCGAGUGCUUCRUGUGGGAGAAGGUAUAGAGAGARRAAUUUGAAUUUCAAUGAGUMGGAACCCAUGCCCUCUCGGAACUUGAUGUUCAGGAGGCAUGGAUGCAAUUUAUAUUGAUAAAUUUUAUAUUAUAAUUUAAAAAAAUAGAUGACAAAUAAAUCUCUUAGAGUAGAAUUAUUGACAAGAGGUAUUUAAGACCUGCUGGAAAACACGCAGUGGUUCACUGUACGACGUUUGAUAUUUAAUUGAAAAAUGCUUUUUUUCUAAGCUUUGGGCACCAGAGGUUCUCACUCUAUAUUAAAAUGAUAAACUCGAUAGAGAGAAAAUACACAUAACUUAAUUCAAAAAUCAUGCAUCUUUGAGUCGGUAAAGGUUAAUAUAAUGAUGAUCAUCGAUAUUGCGCUGAUAGUUAUUACAUAAGUCAACCUCUGGCGCCAAAGAUCAUGAUUUCGAUCAAACUCGUUCCCAGGGCCUUUUCCCUUCGCUUUGGGUCAGGCGGGACCCCAAGCGAAGGGAUAAGGCCCUGGGAACGAGGUUGGAUUUUGAUUACACACGAGUGACUCUACAAUGAAUUUUCUCUUGAAAAAUUAGAUUAAAUUCUGUGUCAGUACUUCAUGUCAGACAUCAGUAUAUUACUGUAUUAGAAUUAGGGUAAGAUUUGAGGUAUAUAGAUAUCGGAUCGGGUCUUACUAACCGAAUUUUGAUUGGAACCCUGGCUAGUUAGAUGACAGUCAGACAGAGACUUGAACACACGAAAUUGUAUUACGCAUGCGCAUAAAUUCCUUCGCAACUUAACUGUUGGCCCGGUUUCAACUGGACAAACAUUACAUGCAGCAACCAUUCUUUAUUUGUAAAAACACAUCAAGCACAAUUUUCUUUUUUCAUAAACAGCAGGACCAUCAACACAAUUCUUACUGAUUAAAUAAACGGACUAAAUUAGACUAUUAGCUAAUGCACAGCUCUAGCAAUAUAUGUAAAYAUUUAUUGAGGAUUGUACAUAUUAUAUUAUUGGUGAAUUUUAUAGGGUCAGUUUUCAGUCGUUGGGGCUCCAACACACGCGGUUCUCUGCCAGAGCCGGUCGUACGAUGAGAAAAUCGUGCUGUUACUGGUGGAUUAUCUAAUUCACGACUUAUACAACUGGUUAUAAUGAAGAGAGUAUCGCUGGCGCGUACGAAGUCCUAACGACUGAAAUCUGACUGAAAUUGAAGAUUCACUUUCUCCCGAGAUCCUCUGCGGUCGUUUGCAUUUGCAAAAAUAUAAAUUUUACUUAAAAUGAUGAAACUUUUCAAUCUUUUACGAUUGAUGUAAAAAAAUGUACUAUUCUAAAUGAACGCACCACAAAAUUAGCAUCAGUCAAUUUUACUUCCAAGAGCUGAUGCAUUCAGCGCAUGCUUCACUUGUGUGCGGACUAAUGGCUCUCAGAAUACUAUUAAAACUAAGCUGAUUCAUAAGAGAAAUAUGAAUUACAUAAGAAAUAUAUAUUAUCUAUAUAUAAUCAAGAUGUGAAUAUUGUCAUUGACAAAUUGUAUCCGUCWUACGGAUCGAGAAUUGUAAAACUUUCCUAGAUUAGAUAAGAGAACUACAUAUAUUAACUGUCAGUAUUUUUAUACACAUUUUAAACAUAAUGUAAUAUGCUAAAAGAUUAUAUUACCAGAUUGACCAAAUAAAAUAAAAUUUGCAAACGUUU